AUGCCGCCGCGGCGGGCGAAUCCACAACCCUGCUGCUCGAUAACGACUGCUUUUGCUUGUACUGGUUCUGUUCUGAGUUUUGGUGUUGCUGUUCGUGUAACUAUACCUCGAAAUUUUAAAAGCGGUACCCAUAACCUGAACAAGCUGGGGCGAUUAAAAGUCGAUUGUUCAACUACUGGCCAAUCCGGAAUAAUCAGCGAAAUAAAUAAACAGGUUACAUAUUUUUGUAAAUUGUUAUCUAUUGGGGAGCCCAGUUUUCUAAGAGAAUUAUUUAUAGAAGAUGAAUUUAGACGGUCAGAGAGAUUAGCGAUUAAAAAUAAUAAUGUUAACAAUCUAAUUCUAAAAUUCGCAACAUCAUAUCUUGAGCAUUCUUUUGUGAUAUCAGCAAUACGUCUUUGGCAGAAGCUACCAGUGGAAGUAUUAGAUGCGAGUUCCCUAGAGGUUAUGUUGCCCAGUUUUGUUUACUAUAUAGUUACGCAGCAUUUCUACUGUACUUUUGCUGCAAAUUUACUAGAAUAA